GAUAACGUAUAAUUCGAGCCAAUCACGCUGUGGCCGUUGGUGGGAGUUGUUGCGAUAGUAUUCGACGACUAUCCGGCGUCUUCGACAAUCGUGGUGCGGUAACUGUGUGUUCAGCAUAGAUCCCGACGUCUUUCAGGCAAAUCAUUAUGUCUCAUAAUUACAAGCUUGGUGAGCUGAUCAUCGAAGGUAAGACAAAACAGGUCUACGAGUUAGUGGAUAAUCCAGAAUUAUGUUUACUACAAAACAAGGAUCGCAUUACUGCUGGAGAUGGAGUGAAGGCUCAUGACUUGGAAGGGAAGGCAGCUAUCAGUAAUGCAACAAAUGGAAAAGUAUUUGAAUUACUGAACCAGGCUGGAAUUAAAACAGCUUUUGUUCAAAUCGCUGGAGAAACUGCAUCUAUAUCUAGAAAAUGUGAAAUGAUUCCCAUAGAAUGGGUUACCAGAAGAUUGGCCACUGGCAGUUUCAUCAGAAGACAUGCAGGUGUGCCAGAAGGAUACAGAUUCAAUCCACCUCUUCAAGAAACGUUUUUUAAGGAUGAUGCUAAUCACGAUCCCCAGUGGUCUGAAGAGCAAAUAAUAUCAGCCCAAUUCAAAGUAAACAACCUUUUGAUUGGCAAAGAUGAGGUUGAUAUUAUGAGGCAUACAACCAUAACUGUGUUCGAAGUACUCGAAAGAGCGUGGGCUACACGAGACUGUGCGCUUAUUGAUAUGAAGAUUGAAUUUGGUGUCGAUAACAAGGGUGAAAUUCUGGUAGCUGAUGUUAUUGACAGUGAUUCUUGGAGACUUUGGCCAUCCGGUGACAAAAGGCUUAUGAAGGAUAAACAGGUUUACAGGAAUUUGACAACAGUGACACAAGCUGAUCUAGAAACAGUUAAACGAAAUUUCAAAUGGAUAGCAAAUCAGCUAGAUCAUCUUGUCCCACCGCCAAGUUCUUUGGUUGUAAUACUGAUGGGUUCGCCAUCUGAUGAAGAACAUUGUCAGAAAAUAGCCAAACAUGCAAUGGCUUUAGGCUUGAGAGCUCAGCUUCGUGUUAGCAGUGCUCAUAAAGCCACUGAAGAAACACUCCGCAUACUUGCAGAAUACGAAGGAAGUGGAGAGAAGGUGGUGCUAGUGGCUGUAGCGGGGAGAAGUAACGGAUUGGGUCCAGUUCUCUCUGGAAAUACUCCCUUCCCUGUCAUUAACUGUCCUCCGGUCAAGCCUGACAGCGUUUCUCAAGAUAUAUGGUCAUCGCUUAACGUACCUUCUGGACUUGGUUGUACCACAGUUUUGUAUCCAGAGAGUGCAGCUUUGGCAGCAGCCCAAAUUCAUGCUUUGCACGAUCAUCUUGUUUGGUCACGUCUUCGAGUAAAACAACUUACAAACUUCGUCACUCUGAAAAAAGCGGACAAGAAACUCCGAAAUCUCAUCUUAUAAAUCUGCAGAAAUAGAUUUAUACUAAAUAAUAUUUCUACUUUCAUAAUCUUGAUAGCUACAUCUUCUAAUUGAAAGACUUUCCAGAUGAAUUGAAAACAAUUUCUGUAAAUCAACAAGAUUUUUUUUCUUCCACAUUUUCUUUCUUACUUCCUUUCUUAAGUGUGAAUUUUGUACUUUUUAUGUAGCAAUCUAAAUUGUAUAACAGCAGAACAUAAUCUUUUUUUUCUAAUUAAUUGUGCUACAAUACCAUUCUGCUUUACUGUUAUUGCAUUCAUCAGAUUAGAUAUGAAUUUCAAUUCGAAUCUCAUUUUAUGGUAAUUUUAACUCGAGUGCAUUAAUUCCAUUUGAUAUAUUACUUGCUUAUUUGUAGAUGUUUAUGAUAGCUGUACUGGUAUAUGCAAUAUUAUUAUUUUUACUAGCAGUCUUAUAUUGGAUGCAAGUUUAUAAUAUCAGAGUGCUUCCAUUUAGACAAAUCUUUGAAUAAUACAGUAAGUGCCUGACUUUUUAUCACAUAUUUACAUUGUGCGCUUGUUAAAAUAAAAUUACUAUGUUACAAACAA